GCGCGGGCUCGCGCGGGCCCGUGGCCCAGGGCGGCUCAGCGACGGGCGGCGGGCGCCAGGGCGAAUGGACGGCGUCUGCCAGAGCCGCUAUGGAAGAGCGGCGGAGCCGCAGGCCGCAGCGCGAGGCCCGCGGCGAGAAGGCGGAGGGCGCCAGUGCGCGCGGCGAAGACAGAGGAGGGGCCGGGCGAUGGUCGUGGCCAGGAGGACAGGGAGCCACGGGAGUUCGCUAGUCCUGCCAGCGGGGCAGAGCUGGAGGCCGCGGCUGGAGCUAGCGUGUAUCGCCUGGUCCUCGCGAGGGAGUUCGGUCCAGGCGGUGGGCCCGUCUGCUGGGCGCGCUCCGACCCGGAGGGCGAGGGGGCGAUCGGUUGGGCGCCGACGUUUUCCCUGCGGAGCACGGCGCGCUGGAGACGCCGGACCAAUGGCUGA